AUGGAAAUGGAAAUUCAUUUGUUGGCGUGUGUAGUGGAAAAUGGUAUCGAAUCAGAAUUGAAGUCUCUGUUGGACCUUGCACUGCGUUCAACAGCAGCUGCAGCAGAUCCUUUGAAUGAAGAUGUCACAUGUUUUGUGGACAUAGGUUCUUUGUUAAAGACACCGAGCAUUCUGAAAGAUCUUCAAACAAGUGGUGGUGGUGGUGGUGAGACAGUUUCAGAGGCUGAUGUUGUAGAAGAGCCCUUGAUCACUGGUAUGGAAACCUUUUCUGUUAAUUACAAGGUUCAAUGGCCAUUAUCUCUUGUGAUAUCAAAAAAAGCUCUGACAAAAUAUCAAUUAAUUUUUCGAUUUCUGUUUCAUUGCAAACAUGUUCACAGGCAGCUUUGUGCAGCUUGGCAACUACAUCAAGGUGCACGUGUACGUGAUAUGCAUGGAACUGCAUCUCUACAUCAUCAAUACUAUGUUCUUGAACCAAAUUGGCAUGUUAUGCAUAAUAAACUUGAAAAUGCAAAGAGCAUAAAUGAGAAAUUUGAGAAACUGAAACUUGUAUGCCUUCAAUAUGCUUCUGCAACUCAGUGGCUAAUGAGCUCCAUUGAAGCUCCCGAUUCAAACAGUUCCUUUGAUGAUUUGCAUUCGUCUUCCUUGGAAAAUGUAAAGGUUUUGAAGCUAAGAAAGUCUUCCAAAAAACCAAAUUCACCCACAGACGAGUCUACAGUCAUCGAAUGUGUCCUGAAAUUUGAGAGGGAGUUUAGUAGUGAGCUGGAGAGUUUAAGGCCAAUAUUGAGCAGCAGGGCACAAGCUGAACCGUAUUUGACUCAUCUUGCACAGUUGAUUCUUGGUGUUGGUAUGGAUCACCAGAUGUAG